GCUCGGCUCAACGAUGGCAGACACCAGCGGCGGCGGUUAGCAAUCGCGGUGAGAGCGAGUUCCAUUUCGGGGUAGCUCCUGUAAGCGCCGCCAUUUUGUUGCUCCGCUUUCAUGGAUUUUCGUUUAUUAUUUUUUUUAUCGGAGUACAAAAAAAAAAGCUCUACGAGAAGAAGCGCGCCUCGGGAUCCAUAGAGCCUCGGAUUGACUGCAAGCAGAAACGUACAAAAAUGCUGUUAUAAAUGCUGUAUUUUCGCUAGGGAGUAAAUCUGAAUGUGCCUGACAGUUUUCUGUUUUGCCUCCUUGAAUCUGGACUGAUAUCAUAUAGUUUUUAGUUUACAUUAUUAUUAUUAUUACUGCAUUAUUGUCAUUCCGAAGGACGCAUUCGCGGGGUGCGUAUGUACAACGCUGAGCGCGAACCUGGCGAAAUAAAAAUAUCUACGUGGAUUAUUUGGUUUGGACAACUAUAUAUUCUCAUCUUCGCAAAAUAUAUUUUUUACUUAUCUGGUAGACUCGGUUUCACACAGAAGCAAGGCAGCUCCAAACAUGUAAUGCGAAGAUCGAGAAUGAACACUGGGUGAGUUGUACCUGUUUGAUAGAACUGAUUCCUACAGCAAGCAAAAUAUUCUGAAAUUUCUUUGGAAUAAAAAUUUUCCGUCAGUGCUUCUUUUUCUGGAUUUCAUCACUUAAAUCAGCUGUUAAAGUUAGGAAUUGAUAUAGUCAUUUUCAGCCUUUCUAGAAGUGGGAGAAAACCCCCUCCUCCACAUGGAGCAAAGGAGUCCGGGGCAGCCCUGCCCUGAUCUGGAAGGAAAUUCAGGAAAGGGCCUGCUCCCAUCUCGAGAGGGGGAGGGGGAGAAGGAGGCAAGUAGUGGAAGCGGGGGUAAGGAGGAAGAAGAAGAUACUAAUGCAAAACAGGAUAGUACCGCUAGUAGUACUGGAGAUACUACAGGCACUCCUGGAGAACUUGUGAUUGAGGGAUUGAAAGAUGCAGGCACAUCUUCUUCUGAUGGUAGCUCAUCUGCUUUGUCAGAUCUACAAAAGCAGCAACAAUUUUCGGUCAAAGAGGCCAGCUUCUCUGAAGGCAGUGUAAAACUCAAAAUUGGUUUACAUGCAAAAAGGAUGAAAAAACCUCCCAAAAUUCUAGAGAAUUAUGUAUGUCGGCCUGCCAUCAAAACCUCUGGUCGUCAUUCUCGAGGAGGAAAGGCAUCUCGUGGGAAUGCAGGUCCUGGAGAGUUAAAGGAGAAGACAUGCCUAAAUAGUAACACCUCCCAGGCAGUAACUUCUUCUAUUUGCCCGACUUUGAGACGAGGUCAUCCACAGCUGGCAAGAAAGACUGAAACAAGUAAUUGUUUUGUAGCUGAGGAUUCCAAGAAUCUGUGUGGACAAGUGGAUAGUGGACCUCCAGGAUCAAACGACACCAUGUUGUCUCCAAAACAGUGUACUCCUCCUUCAGAGGCUGUAGCAAAUGCUUGUAUUCCAAAAGCAAUUAGUCCGUGCCUUGGAUUGUCCACAGAGGAAUCCCAGAAGGACCGAAAUUCUCUUAUGAAUGGCACUCCUACAGUAACAGAAAAGCUAGCACAGUUAAUUGCCACAUGCCCACCAUCUAAGUCUUCCAAGGUAAAGUCCCGCAAAUCACAAAUUAACAUAUUUCAGUCUUCACCUAUUGCUGUAUCAGGGAAUACAAAAGAUGCCAGCCUACCAAAAUUAGAGCCACUGACAGGUGCAGUGGAAAAUAGUGCUGACAGAGAAACUGUAGGUAUACAAAUUAAAAAUCGGGCCAACACAAAGCUCAGCAGGGAUAGUGUUCUUGAAAAAUUUUCAUCAAAAAAAGAAUCCCCAGCAGCUAUGAGCAAUUCUGAAUUGAGUUCUCCUGGAAAAUCAGAAUGUCAGAAGCAAGAAACAGCCUCAGCAGUUGAGAAUGUGCAAGAAAAUAGCAAGCAGCUUCAUACAUCUUACUGUCCUCCUUUGGGUUCUCCUGUUCAUAAACUGGGGACUUCAUACCCCGCUUCUGUUGAAAAUUUAAACAAAAAACCCCUAAAUGGUGAUGAAGGGUCACCCUUACCCCUAGCCUCAGUUACUCCUGCUCCAAACAGAGUUGCUAUGUCUCAUUCGCUAAUUUUAGGACCUGAGGUUUGUGAAAAAGAGAUCCCUUGUGAUCUCAGUGGCAAGCCAGCUUUCAGUGGUGCCAGCAACCCUGUUAAUCACACAACUCCUAGUUUGUGUGGAUCAGCCAAAAACAAAGAAGACAAUAGCUUGAAAGCUCUUCAUUCUGAGCGUUCAUGGCACAGUGAUACACAGUCAGCACUUUAUAAAAGAAUCCCAAAUGAGAAUGUAACUGCAGCAUCAUCAUCUUCUGAAAUGGGCGAAUCAUUAUCUAGGAUGGUCUCAACCUUGUGUCAUUCAAAAGUUCAGGUACAAGAGAAUGAUCUGGAGAAGCAACUUUUACUAUCAACUACUCCUUCCCCUUCAAAAUCUCCAAGUUUAAACUUCAUCCAGGAUUCCAAGCCCUUAAAGAAACGUAAAGGAAGACGUCCUCGGUGGACUAAGGUGUUGUCAAGGACUGUUGGCCAUCGCCUUCAAAAAGGAAUGGAAAGUAACUGUAUGGAAGGUAUAUCAAUUCGAAUGACAGAGUCUCAUUUAAAUAACUCUACAUCAAAAUUGCAUUCUUUACCACAGAGCCCAGCAGCAAUACCAAGAUUGCCCAAGCUUCGCAAAAUGCAGUACCUCCCUACUUUGCCCAUCCAGCUUGAUGAUACAGUAUCCAGAUCUGUCAACCGAAGUUCAAACCCAGGAUUAUCUCUUUGUACCCCAGUGCAUUCUUCAUCAGUUUAUAAGCCCAAGCGAGGCAGACCAAAAUCAAAGAUGCCACGUCUAGAAGUGCCCAUUCCAAGACAUACUCUCAAAAUCCCUCCUUCUAAAGUAUUUUCACUGAAAUCCAAGGAAGAGCAGGAUCCUCCUGUUCUUCAGCCGGAAGUAGAUUUACCUCCUAAGAACAGCAGAAAAAGUGAUUCAGUUUCUGUCACAAUCCCUAAGAAACGUGGACGACCCAAAAGGACACUUGGACCACCAACAUUGCCAGAGGAGAGGCAGCCUCCCACUCUGGCACCUGCGGAUGGCCUUACCAGGAAAGAAGAUUUAGACCCAAGAUUAAUAGAAUUUACUGCAAAUGAUAAGCAGCUAAAGAGUGUCAAGCAUUUCCAAGCACCAUUAAUGGAUAUUGUUGACAGUACACCUGAGACAGAGAAGAAAUUUAGUAAGAAAGGCAAUGGCCAGUUAAUGAAGACAAUAAUUAGAAAAAUUAAUAAAAUGAAAACUCUUAAAAGGAAAAGACUUUUAAAUCAGAUCCUCUGUGCUGGCACUACUUUAUCUGGUGUAGGAGGUGUUGUUAAAAGUGGCACUGCCAAUGCAGAGCUUGAAAGCAGGGGCGGUGUAACAACCCAAUCUCGUCUCAAUACGGCGGUUUCCUCCUUAGCUGCUACAUUUGGCUCCAAACUGGGUCAGCAGAUUAAUGUCAGUAAAAAAGGCACUAUCUAUAUGGGGAAACGUCGUGGCCGUAAACCUAAGGCAGCUAUAGAAGUAGCAACAUCUGAAGGACUUGUAAGUGGUGUAACAACAGGAGUUCUAAGUGUGGAAGUACCUGGACAGCCCUCAAACUCUCAAAAUGCAACUCAUUCUCACUUAUCAUCCUCUCUUUCCCAGCAGUCUGGUGGAUUAUCACCUGAGGUUAUAUCUUCCCCAGCUUGUUCUCAGACAUCUGGGACCAGUGGAGGUCAAAGUCCUGUGAGUAGUGAUGCAAGUUUUGUUGAACCUGGUACUUUGCCUAAUCUACACCUUCAUCAUCCUCGACAGUCUGGAGCAAUAGCCGCAGCACAAAUGUUAGCCUUAAAAAAGUCAUGCAAGGUUCACCAUCAUUACCACCAUUAUCAUCACUACCGUAAACUCUCACCUCCAUCCCUCUUGCCCAACUCUCCUUCUCAUUUAAGUGAACUCAAAGAGGCUACACCUUCACCAGUGAGUGAAUCUCAUAGUGAGGAGACUGUACCAAGUGACAGUGGCAUUGGCACAGAUAACAAUAGCACUUCAGAUCGUGCUGAGAAACUUGGAGGAGGAGGAAGUAGUGGAAAUGGUGGUGGGGGCAAUUCUGGUGUUAGAAGACGAAGGCAUUCUUUGCUGGAUCACCCUUCCCCAGCCCCAUCACCUCUUAGUCCUUUACCUGACAGUCAUUCACCAAUUUUGCCUAUGAGCCAUAAAGAAAAGCACAAACACAAGUGCAAGAGGAGAGUACAUGAGUAUACAAGCUACGAUAAGCUUAAACGUCAAAAACGGAAACGUAAAAAAAAAUAUUUGCAGCUGAGGUCAAGACAAGAUCCAGAUUUUCUUCUGGAGCUUGAAGAUUUAAUAAGGAGGCUAAGCGAAAUUCGUAUUGCUCAUCGAAUUGGAGGGAGUGCAAACCUCAGUUCUCCUGGUGUGGGAGGAACAGGGGUGGGAAGCACAGGUCUUCCUCAGCACUAUUUACCCAGAGACCUUCUUCCGACUAUUUUUCGUAUCAACUUCAGUGGAUUUUACUCGCCACAUCCUGCCUACCCAUGUGAUUCACUACACUAUGUCCGAAAACCAGAUAUGAAAAAAAAACGAGGCCGUCCACCUAAAAUUAGAGAUGCAAUGGCAGAGGUUCCUUUUAUGCAUGGGUUGGGGUUCCCUCUUUCUGGAACAGGGUUUUAUCACCCCCCAUAUGGCAUGCCUUAUUCUCCAACUGCUUUGACUGCUGCUCCUUUAGGGCUUGGCUACUACAGGGGGUAUCCUCCAGCUUUAUAUCCUCACCCACAUGGGCCUCCACCACAUUCUCCAUCCUUUCCAACCCCAUUACCUGCACCUCCUUCAUAUAUGCAUCAUACUGGUCAUUUUCUACUGAACCCACCUAAAUACCACAAAAAGAAACACAAGCUUCUGAGACAGGAUGGAUUCCUGAGCCCUGGACGUACACCCCUCCUAUCUGUAAGUGCUUAUCCUAGCAUGCCUCCUGAGAUUUCAUAUGGUUGGAUUCAUGAACAUAAGCACAAACACAGACACAAGCAUCAACAUAGAGAACAUAGGACCGAGCAACAGCAGGACUCUGGCAGAGCUGCAGUGCUUGAAUCCUUACGGCGGUACCGCUAUGGCAAGGAAUCUUCAGGAUCCAAUUCUUCUGAUAGAUAUAAGCAUAAGGACAAACAUCGUUGUCAUUCUGCAGCUUCCAGUAACUUGUAUUUAACUGGGAACGCAGGUGGUAGUGCCAGUUCCAUUAGUGCCAAAGGUCUUAUCUUAGGAUGUGACGAAACAUGGCUAAGGAGAGGGACAACUGCAGCUGAAAGUAGUAACAGUUCUCUUGGAAUUGGGAUAGACUGUGCCAACACUAGUGCAGAUGGUGCUAAUGGAGUUGGUCUCUGUUUAGCUGGAGGGUUUGCACCUCACAAUUCUGAAACUGAAGAUGAACAACAACACACAAAUUUAUUUACAACUGCAAUUGGCAGCUGUCGACAAGGCAAGGCAGCAACACCAGUACCCAUUAGGAAACGUGGACUGUCUACUUCUUCACCUUCAGAAAGUCGUUUUACUGCACUGGAUAAAGCACUAAGGAAAGACCGUCCAUCUUCCAGUGAGAGAACAGAACAGUCAGGUGCAAGUAUCCUAACUCGAGGAUUACGCUCUGGUACCACUGAAUUUGCAGAGGGCAUACUACAGCAUCAACAUCCACACUGUAUUGGUGAUUCUCAAGCAGCUAUUGAUAAAACAAUAGAUAUGGUUAUAGCUAAUGUUUCCACGCCUACAAACCAAGGUCUAGGAAGGCCGCCCAGCAGAGAAAGAGGAGGGGGUAGUAGACAAGAAAGCCCAUCUGCCCGACAGUCUUGCUACACAGAAUCUCAAAGAAGUCACUUAACUCACACAGAUUCUCAGCAAUCCUCUUCACCUUCUAGACUUAAUCGAACUUUUAUUGAAGCUGUCCGGCUUCAGCAGGUCCGUAAAGUUUGUAGCUAUGAUAAAAUACUUGCAACCAAGCGCAAUCUAGACCAUGUUAAUAAGAUUCUUAAAGCCAAGAAAUUACAAAGGCAAGCACGUACUGGUAACAAUAUAGUAAAGAGGCGCCCUGGAAGACCUCGAAAGCAUCCUCUUCUGGUUCAUGAGUCCUCAGAAUCCCAUUCAUCAUCAUCUCGACAACACCUUUCAAGAGAUGUUAUAAUCACUCCCUCAGUUCUACAAAUUUCUGCCCCAACGUUAGGUCACAGAGAGGACACUGUUUCUGAUGUGAUUGAAGCGGUUGUGCAGGGACAACACAGAAAAGGCAUGAAGAGAAGAAGGUGGGAAGAGGAGGGUCAUGAACUAGAAGAUAUCAGGAAAAAACUUCGUAGUCCAUCUCAGGAAGAUCUUCACUGUUUCCAUAGCAGCAUGGAAUCUCGGUCUGAAAGCCCAGUAUGCCUGGAGAACUAUGGGAAAUUACACCAGGAACCAGAUACAUCCACUUUACGUUCUGCAAGCCAACGAGAGAAAAGAACUGCCAGACCACCCAAAAAGAAGUAUCAGAAGGCAGGACUUUACUCGGAUGUUUACAAGACAGCUGACCCAAAGAGUCGACUUAUCCAAUUUAAGAAGGAGAAGCUGGAAUAUACUCCUGGUGAACAUGAUUAUGGCCUCUUUCCUGCACCAAUUCAUGUUGGAAAGUACCUUAGACAAAAAAGAAUAGACUUUCAGUUGCCAUAUGACAUCCUGUGGCAGUGGAAGCAUAACCAGUUGCAUAAAAAGCCAGAUGUUCCACUCUACAAAAAGAUCAGAUCAAAUGUGUAUGUGGAUGUAAAGCCUUUAUCCGGAUACGAGGCUACAACCUGCAACUGCAAAAAACCUGAAGAUAUCAAUGACAAGGGCUGCAUUGAUGACUGUCUCAAUAGAAUGAUAUUUGCUGAAUGUUCUCCAAACACUUGUCCAUGUGGAGAACAAUGUCACAACCAGCGCAUACAGCGGCAUGAAUGGGUGCAGUGUUUAGAGAGGUUUCGUGCAGAGGGUAAGGGUUGGGGUAUUCGUACCAAGGAACCAUUACGAUCAGGACAAUUCAUCAUUGAGUACUUGGGUGAAGUGGUCAGUGAACAGGAAUUCAGGAACCGUAUGAUCGAGCAGUAUCAUACCCACAAUGACCAUUACUGCCUCAAUCUGGACAGUGGCAUGGUGAUUGACAGCUAUAGAAUGGGCAAUGAAGCACGCUUCAUCAACCAUAGCUGCAACCCCAACUGUGAGAUGCAGAAAUGGUCUGUCAAUGGUGUAUACCGAAUUGGUUUGUUUGCACUUAAAGACAUGCAGUCUGGAACUGAACUUACCUAUGAUUACAACUUCCAUUCCUUUAAUAUGGAGAAACAGCAAUUAUGUAAGUGUGGAUCAGAGCACUGCCGUGGCAUUAUUGGAGGCAAAAGUCAACGUGUCAAUGGGCUUCCCAGUAAAAUUUCUUCACCAGGAGGUAAUCACAGACGACCUGGCCGCUUAAAGGAGAAACGCAAGUCCAAGCACAGAUUGAAGAAGCAGCGAGGUCAGAUAAUUGAAGAACAACCCAGUGACAAUGGAAAUCCCAACAAGUUCUCACCUCACACUCAGAUGAAACCAAUGUCCAACAGAGAAAGAAACUUUGUUCUAAAACACCACGUAUUCCUUUUACGCAACUGGGAGCAGAUUCGUCAAAAGCAGGAAGAAGCAAAACAUGCCAAGGACAACUGUGAUUCUACUUCGCUUUCCCUUUACACACGCUGGAAUGGCAUGAUCCGUGAUGAUGGCAACAUCAAAUCUGAUGUGUUCAUGACUCAGUUUGCAGCACUGCAAACAUCUCGUUCAGUGCGGACACGACGUUUAGCCGCUGCAGAAGAAAAUAUUGAGGUGGCAAGAACUGCACGUCUUGCUCAAAUUUUCAAAGAAAUAUGUGACAUGAUUAUCUCCUACAAAGAUUCUACAAACCAGACUCUUGCAACUCCAUUACUAACUCUACCUUCUAGAAAAAAGAACAUGGACUAUUAUGAAAAGAUCACAGACCCCUUGGACUUGGUGACAAUUGAGAAGCAAAUACUAACAGGAUACUACAAGACAGUAGAGGCCUUUGACACGGACAUGCUGAAAGUGUUUAGGAAUGCAGAGAAAUACUAUGGACGGAAAUCCCCCACAGGAAGAGAUGUGUGCCGGCUACGCAAGGCCUACUACAGUGCACGUCAUGAAGCUGCAGUGCAAAUUGAUGAAAUUGUUGGUGAGACUGGAAGUGAGGCCGACAGCAGUGAAACAUCUAUUUGCGAUAAGGAUGGUGGUGGUCAUGACAAGGAUGAUGAUGUUAUUCGCUGCAUCUGUGGCAUGUAUAAAGAUGAAGGACUCAUGAUCCAAUGUGAAAAAUGCAUGGUGUGGCAGCACUGUGACUGUAUGGGAGUGAAUGCCGACGUUGAGCACUACUUGUGUGAGCAGUGUGACCCACGGCCUGUAGACAAGGAGGUUCCUAUGAUUCCUCAGCCCAGCUAUGCUCAGUCAGGUUUCAUUUACUACAUCUGCCUUUUGCGGGACGAACUCUUGCUUCACCAGGGUGAUUGUGUGUACUUGAUGAGAGACAGCCGUCGCACACCAGAUGGUCAGCCUGUUAGACAGUCAUACCGUCUCCUCUCACAUAUUAAUCGUGAGAAACUGGACAUCUUCCGAAUUGAAAAACUCUGGAAGAAUGACAAAGGUGAACGCUUUGCCUUUGGACACCAUUAUUUCCGUCCCCAUGAAACACACCAUUCACCUUCUCGGCGUUUCUACCAUAAUGAGUUAUUUCGUGUGCCUCUUUAUGAGAUUAUCCCACUGGAAGCUGUGGUUGGGACAUGUUGUGUACUGGACCUCUAUACUUACUGUAAAGGAAGGCCAAAGGGGGUAAAAGAACAAGACGUCUACAUCUGUGAUUAUCGUCUUGACAAAUCUGCCCAUCUUUUUUAUAAGAUACAUCGCAACCGAUAUCCUGUCUGCACGAAAUCAUAUGCCUUCAAUCACUUUCCCAAAAGACUCACACCAAAGAGAGAUUUCUCACCUCACUAUGUCCCUGACAAUUACAAGAGGAAUGGAGGAAGGUCUUCUUGGAAAAGUGAAAGGCCCAAGCUGACAUGUAAAGAAGUGCUGAGUGUCUCUGAAGAGGACUCCUGUCCUGUGAUGAGUGACUUAACUAUGGAUAUGGAGUCAAACAGAGUUGAAAUGCCCCCAAGGCUACAGGAGGAUACAAAAGCCAGAGCUGAAGCUGGGGAUGGUGAGCUCCAUCCCCAACAGAGGCAACAACAGCUGGAGGAAGAGGAACCAGAGGAGGAUGCGGGGAUCAGUACCCCAGAGUUACUUGACUGUGGCCCUCCUGGAGACAAGAGGACAAUUCAGAGAGAAAGGCUCAACAAGAUACUGUUGCACUUGCUCAAAAGGAUCCCGGGCAAAAAUGCAAUUGAUGUGACCUACCUGUUAGAGGAAGGCUCGGGGCGUAAGCUACGCAGGCGGACACUGACAUUUGGGGAUAGCAAAAUCUACAGAAAAUGAAGACAGAAGGCAUAAGGAAACCUGCCACAUCAAGCAAGCAUGCAAGGUGGAAAAUCAAAAUCAGGAGGGGAGGGAGGGAGAAAAUGAAGAGGGAGAGAGAGAGAACUCCCAAGGUCUAGAAAAAUGAGAAGGAGGUUUAUCCAUGGGGGAAGGAAAUGAUUACCUUGGGGAACAAGAAGGUGAAUCCUGGAUGUGCUUCUGAGCACAACUGAUCUGCCUCCCAUCUGGCCACAAGAUGCUGUGACGCUGUGCAUGUGUUUGCACAUGUACUUAUGUCUGUGUGUCUAUUGGUAUGUUAUUUUUCUGUGAGAAGGUACUAUGUAUUUGAUGUUGAGGUGUUAUUUGGGGCCAUAUAAAUCCAUCUGAAUAUUAAAGAUGGACAAAUGAAAGAGCACUCUGAUUUCGACAAGUAAAGUACUCAAAACAAGGAAUUAAUUAUAUGGAAAUAUUAUUUUUUUUAUUAUUUAUUGAGUAUAGUUUGACAGUGAUGUAAAAACAAAUGUAUAAUCGCCAAAAAGAUCUACCUGAGAUAGAGAAACUGAUGCAUUUUUCUCUUUUGUCUAGAAUGUCAGGUUUUUUUGUUUUUUUUUUUGGGCUUUGCCUGUUUUUCCCUGAUCAGCCCCUCCUCCCAUACCACUAGGAUAAUCAGUUUUAGUAUAAAACAGUGUUUAACUUUAUUUUUUGGUUGGAUACUUGAGUAUCCUGUCCAGGAUCUCUUCCCUCAUGAUCCCAGGCCCUUGCUACUGCUGUUUCAGUAGUAUUUAUAGACAGUGCCCAUGGCACUUUGCGCCCUCACCUGUAUGAAGGCCAGCUGUGAAUGAUUUAUGUGGACUUUAAAGUCAUAUUUGUUUCUAUAUAAUAUGUACAUUUUUUGUCAGAAAUAUUUAAAAGGCAAACAUAGUUUAAAAAUAAUAUUCUUACUUUGCGUACAUACACCAAUAUUGCUGUCAUUUUUUUGUACUUAAAAAAUGAAUUAAUAAGCUGUGGUUUUACAGUAGUGUUUGAGUGUGCUGUGCAUAAUAAACAAAUGGGUUAAAAAAAAGUUUAAGCAAAAAACUCUCUUAAGCAUCCACUGCUAAAAAAAAAAAAAAAAAAUCAGUAUUCAUAGAAGCCAAGUAUUGUUGUGUGCUGUAGAAAUCCUAUAUAAAUAUAUAUAUAUAUACAUAUACACACACAACAUACGUAUAUAUACAUACAAAUUUUGUAAUGCGUGUGUAUAUGUAUAUACUGCAUAUCAAUAUGUUAAACACAAAAGCUGGAUCUAGGGGCAGGAAUUCAUACACGUGCUCACUGUUUAUUUAAUAAGGAACGGUUAAAGCUAAAACGCUACUUCAAGGACUAUUACUUUUUUUGUUACAUCAGGUACAAAAUUGUAUUUCAGUCAGUGUAUAAAAGGAAGCAUGGAGGCUAUUUUCCCUCUCGUUUUCAAAUUUAGCCUAUGAUCCAGUAGGAACAGAUCAUCAAAAAAAUAAAAAAACAGUAAACAAGCCUGGAAGUCCCUUUUGUACUGAAUGGGAUGAGAAGGGUGCUUUGAAAAAUUCCCUUUUUAACAAUUUUGAAGACUGCUUAGGUUCUGCGCACCAAAACAAACCAAGUCAAACUAUCACAUUUUGCAGCUCCUUAGUUAUUCAAUGUUUAAUAAAAUGCUCAAUCUUUUAGCCAGUUAAUUAUGCUUAAGGUAUGUUUAAACUGUUAUAAGAGGCUAAAAUAAGAUGUGCCAAGUUGUAUAUACUCCUAUAUACACUCGCUGUGUGGCGUGAAAGCAAUACAUUGAUUACGUAUUCUUUUUUUGUAUUGGACCAACCUUGUCCUAAAUGUAUUAUAAUAUUGUUAUUAUUAUUGUUAUUAUUAUUAUUAUUAUUAUUGUUAUUAAUAUUAUUGUUGUUAGUGUCAUUUGUUCCUGUUAAUGUUUUUUUUUACUUUAAUCUUGUGGAAAUGUUUUUCAUUCCAUCUAAUUCAAAUACUACUUGUCUGAAUGGUAUAAAGACAAAAAAAUCUAAAUGGAAAAAAUGUGGGAAAUAUUUUAUUAAAAACUGAGAACAUUUUAAAAUAAUUAAAAAAAAAAAGAAAAUGUUGGGAAUAUUUUCUUACUGUUAAGAAACAGUGUAGAGAGCACGAAGAAGAGCAGGGUAUCAGAUACUCGACACCUUUUGAGUGCAUGUCCAGGACCUCAUUUAGGCGGACUGAAUUCUCGUGCAAACAGACCUUGUUAAAUAGUGUGAAACACUAAAAAGGACAAAAGCAAAUGAUACAGUUGAGAAAAACACUAGCGUAGGAAUUGGUUUUCUUUUAUUCCACUUCUGGAAGAUCAUGUUUUUUAGACAAUCAAAAGUUAGGAAAACAAUUAAGUUUUAGUUUUUUGUUAUUUUUCUAAUUAUGUGUCAGAAAUAAAAAAAAAAACAAACUUUUUUUUAGUUUUUGAAAUAAAAAGCACUACAUUAUUGCAAAUAGAUUAUAUUCUCACUAGUCUGCAUGGGUGUACGCUGUAUGAUUGUGCUGGACAGAAAUGCUGCUAAUACAUUUCUUUUUUACGAAAGCAUAUCUAAAUAGAUGAUUGUUUUGACUUUAAUCUUUGUAAAUUAUCUAUUAUGAAUUUUAACAUUGGAUGUAAUUGCUUAUAAAGAAAAAUCUGAAAAGAAAAAAACAAAGCUUGCAUCUCCAUGAUAAAGUCUAGUAUUAAAUGGAGAGAUCUUUUUCCAAAA